AAGUUAACGCAGUUUUUGCGGGUUGUGCCUGUAAACAAUGAAUAGUUUUAUUUUAUCAGGGUGUGAUAGUGGCAAGGUCGAGGUGAAUGAAGAAGAAACCUCUUUAUAUAGGAACAAACGUACGGUCGUAAGUUAGUUGGCUCGCGGCCAGUCGCUCGACCAGCGGUAUAGCGAUAAUACUCUAAUAUUACAUACUAUAUUAUUAUUUAGAAAGUUUGUUCAUCAACAUGCCACCAGUAGCAGUGCCUGAUGAGGCUCCAAAGAAAAAGCUUCGUGUUGCAAUAAUAGGGCAGAGCACAUUUGCCGCGGAAGUAUUCAAGUUGCUACAGAAAGAUGGACACGAAGUUGUUGGAGUUUUCACAGUUCUCGACAAAGGAAACAGAGAAGACCCUUUGGCUUCAAUUGCGGCACAGAACGGAAAGCCGGUGUUCAAAUACAAAACAUGGAGAAUCAAGGGAAAGGUUAUCCCGGAAGUGCUGGAGGACUACAAAUCGGUAAAUGCAGACAUCAAUGUGUUGCCCUUCUGCACCCAGUUUAUUCCCAUGGAAGUGAUCCUGUAUCCAAAAUAUCAGAGUAUUUGCUAUCAUCCAAGCAUUUUGCCGAGGCAUAGAGGGGCGUCCUCUAUCAACUGGACAUUAAUAGAAGGCGACACAACCUGCGGUCUCACAAUAUUCUGGGCUGACGAUGGCUUAGACACUGGACCAAUUUUGUUACAGAGAAGUUUUCCUUGUACGAUCGAGGACACGGUAGAUACCUUGUACAACAAGUAUCUCUAUCCAGAAGGUAUAAAGGCUUUGGCAGAAUCCGUUAACUUAGUAGCAAAUGGAUCAGCACCAAGAAUAGCUCAAACCGAAGUAGGUGCUACUUACGACCCAGCUCUGUUCAAGGCAGAAACUCAUCAAAUUGACUGGUCAAAAGGUGGUGUAUCCCUGCACAAUUUUAUCCGAGGUCUGGAUUCGUCGCCUGGUGCCACAUCUUUUAUUCAGCCACAGACGAAAGAUGGUGUUGAUGAAAACAAAGACUCCGCUAUUGAAGUCAAGUUCUACGGGUCUUCACUUUGGGAAGGCGAAUAUGAAGCAGAAGGCGAUAACUUGAUUUUACCUGGUCUGCAUAAACCUGCUGUUAUACAUGAAGCUGGCUUGUUAAUCACUGCUAAUGAUGGAGUUAGGCUUAACAUUCAAAGGUUAAAAGUUAAUGGAAAAAUGAUCAACGCACAAAAUUUCUUUAAAACAAACGAAAAUAAAGUUCAACUCGAAGUGAGCCCGGAAGAAAAGAAGUUUAUUGAAAGCGUUCGUGAUGUUUGGAAAGCAAUACUAAGAAUCGAUAUAGAAAAUGAUACAGAUUUUUUCAAUUCAGGAGCAGGCUCUAUGGAUGUGGUUAGAUUAGUUGAAGAAAUUAAGGAUUUAGCGAACAUAGAAUUACAAAACGAGGACAUUUAUAUGAAUACAACCUUUGAAGAAUUCUUUACGAUAGCCAUUCUUAAAACAAGGGGCAGUGUUGGCUCCAAAGACGUCGUUUACGAUGGCGUUGAAUUAGAAGUAAACAAAAUGAAAAUUAAAUUUCCAACUCAAUUAUUUAUAAAUGGUGAAUUUGUUAAUUCUGACAGUGGAAAAACAUUGACUUUAAUAAAUCCUACUGAUGAAUCUGUGAUAUGUAAAGUUCAGAGUGCUUCGAAAUCUGAUGUAGAUAGAGCAGUUAAUGCGGCACAAAAGGCUUUCGAGGAAGGAGAAUGGUCCAAAAUUAGUGCUCGGGAGAGAGGACAAUUAUUAUUUAAGUUAGCAGACCUUAUGGAACAACAUAAAGAAGAAUUAGCAACAAUCGAAUCCAUCGACUCGGGAGCCGUUUACACAUUAGCCUUGAAAACACACGUAGGAAUGUCCAUCGACACUUGGAGAUAUUUCGCUGGUUGGUGUGAUAAGAUUCAAGGGGCAACGAUCCCCAUAAACCAUGCUCGACCCAACAGGAAUCUUACUUUAACAAAGAAGGAACCAAUUGGAGUAUGUGCUUUAAUAACACCAUGGAACUAUCCUCUCAUGAUGCUCUCAUGGAAAAUGGCAGCGUGCUUAGCUGCUGGAAAUACUGUUGUUAUGAAACCAGCUGCCGUAUGUCCAUUAACAGCUCUCAAGUUUGCGGAAUUGAGUGUGCGAGCUGGUAUUCCUCCGGGGGUAAUCAACAUCCUACCAGGAAGUGGAACUGUUUGUGGGCAAGCCUUAGCCGACCAUCCACUUGUUAGAAAGUUGGGCUUUACUGGCAGUACGGAAAUUGGACAAACAAUUAUGAAAUCGUGCGCAGUAUCAAAUAUGAAAAAAGUCUCACUGGAAUUAGGUGGAAAAUCGCCUUUGGUCAUCUUUGAGGAUUGUGAUCUCGAAAAAGCAGUUCGUAACGGAAUGGCUUCAGUAUUCUUCAACAAAGGUGAAAACUGCAUCGCUGCCGGUCGACUUUUCGUCGAAGAGCGAAUACACGAUGAAUUCGUUAGACGUGUUAUUGAAGAAACUAAGAAGAUGACCAUCGGAGACCCUCUGAAUAGAGGAACAGCUCAUGGCCCACAGAACCAUAAAGCACAUAUGGACAAACUGCUUGAGUUUUGCGAACGCGGUGUAAAGGAAGGCGCUAGGCUCGUUUUCGGCGGCAAACGCGUGGACAGGCCUGGCUACUUCUUCCAGCCGACUGUAUUCACCGACGUGACUGAUGACAUGUUUCUGGCUAAGGAGGAAUCAUUUGGACCCAUUAUGAUUAUCAGCAAAUUUAGUAGCAAAAAUUUAGACGACGUCAUCCGCCGAGCAAACAACACAGAGUACGGUCUGGCUAGCGGAGUCUUCACACGAGACGUCUCCCGCGCACUGCAGUUCGCCGAGCGCAUCGAUGCUGGCACAGUCUUCGUCAACACUUACAACAAAACCGAUGUAGCUGCACCUUUUGGAGGUUUUAAGCAAUCUGGAUUCGGCAAAGAUUUAGGUCAAGAAGCACUCAAUGAAUAUCUCAAAACAAAAUGUGUGACUAUUGAAUAUUAAACUAAAAAAUAGGUAGGUAGAUUAUCUAAUUUUAAUGAUUAUCAUUAUUUUUAAAAAUGUAAUUAUAUUUUUUAUAAAAUGAUAAUUUUCUUGUAUCUUUAUUUAUAGCUUUAAAUUGUUGUAUUUUAUUAUUUGUACCUAAUUUAAUGUUAUAAAAAUAAAUUUUUACCUGAAUGAGUUUUUCAA